AUGGCGAGUUCAAGUGCGCCGCUGCAGGAAUGGCUUGUCAUUGUGCCGGAUCAUGAGGGUGCACUGCAGAAGCGUAUUGCGGUCCGACAGGAACAUUUGGGAGGACUGAAGAAGGACGAUGAUAGUUUUUGGCUUUGGGGCGGUGCUAUGCUCGAAGAGCCGAUCAAGGAGGGCGACGCCGGGCCACCGAAGAUGAAGGGCAGUGCUAUGCUAAUUGGUGCCAAGACUAGGGAGGAGGUCGAGGAGAGGCUGAGGAAGGAUGUUUAUGUUGAGGGGGGCGUGUGGGAUUUGAGUAAGGUGCAGAUCAUUCCGUUUAAGAGUGCGUUGAGGAAGGCUUUGUAG